CCGGACAUGGAGUAAUAUGUGCGAGACUUUGUAGCGAUCGAAAGAAACAUAAUUUUAGCAACGAAAAAACUAUUAUUAUUACCAUUAGAUCACUUUCUAAGACUAAAACAUGUCUGACAAUCCCUUUGGAGGUGAUGAAAACCCAUUCGCGGAUCCCUCUGUAGCGUCUGUGACCAGUAAUGCUGCCCGAGGAAUAGAGGACUUCAAUCCAUUUGCUGAGCAAAAUCAGCCAUCGACAUCAGGCCCAACUACACAGUCAACAGUGCCAGCUGCCUCACCCCCACCCCCUCAACCAGCACCAACACCUACGCAGCCUGCAGUCUUAGAAACCAGACAUGAACCGCCGCCAUAUUCUGUUGUCGAGGAACAAGAAAAUCUCAAGAAAAGACAAGAGGAUUUGGAAAGAAAGGCAGCAGAACUGCAGCGCAAAGAGCAAGAACUACAGCGUAUGCAAUUCACAGGAUACAGAGAAAAUAAUUUCCCUCCAUUUCCCAAGUGGUGCAAAAUCAAACCAUGUUUUUUCCAUGACAUUCAAAUUGAAAUUCCAAUAGAAUAUCAAAAAACAUGCAGGUUACUGUUCAUCCGAUGGCAAGUGUACUCUUUUGUGAUGUUCUACAAUUUUGUGACAGCGUUUGCCUUGAUGAUUGUGAAUCCCUCGGGCGACAGUUCUGACGGAGAAACGUUUGGCAUCUCUAUUGUGUAUUUUCUAUUUAAUAUUCCUAUGUCAUUUCUUGGCUGGUAUCGACCUGCGUAUAAAGCACUGAAGACUGACAGCUCAUUUAGCUACGUCAUCUUCUUUCUCAUCUUCUUCCUCCACAUAGGAUUAAAUAUAUUCUAUACUUUGGGAAUCACUAGAGGUGGAACCUGUGGAUUUAUCAAUGCAACACAGGCCAUCCACGAAACUAUUAUUGUGGGAGGCAUGAUGUAUGUCUCAGCGUGUUUCCUACUUCUCGGUGUUAUUGUAGACAUAAUAUUACUGCUCAAGAUUCACAAGAUCUACAGGAUGGCUGGAGCAAGCUUUGAAAAAGCUCAAGGAGAAUUUGCAAGAGGAGUAGCAAGUAAUGAGACAGUCAGAGCUGCUGCGGCAGACGCUGCUGUGGCAGGUGUCAGGGGGGGUCUUUCGAAUGCAAAGUAGGCUGCAAUAGGAGGUUUAUUAAUUAAAAGAGGUAAAUAUACAUUUACCAAGUUAUUGUGGGAGUAAUUCACGUAUGGCACAAGCUGUGAGCCAUGACUGAUCGCAUGUGUAUACAUCAUUAUGAUGAUAUCUACUCGAUUUCUCGGUUUUAUAAACUUAUACUGCAGUUAUGCCGUCUGAAAUUAUGGGUUGCUCAAUUAGCUGAAUGUACAAAUUUAUGCAUAAUCGGAAUAUAUGCUUAAUUAUAUAGUACAAACAUACACUUUAUUGAUGUUAAACACUCCGAGCAUCCCAUAUUUUCUCAUUGAAAAAGUAGAAUAAGUCACGUGGGGUUGUCAUGGUAGUUAAAAGGUCUACACUGUUUUACAAUUUUGUAUGUCUUUUGAAACACUUAGUGUACAACUGUCAUUGAAAUCUUUAGUUGUAAGAACAAAACUUGGGUCCAGAGAGAUAAUACUUCAAAAGUAAUCAAAAUUAUGAUAAAAAUGAUGAAAUAAUAAAAAGGAUGUGAAUUGUUUGUGACUAUAAGAUAUUAACAUCAAAAAUGAAUCAAUUUUACAAAGCAAUAUUACAAAUAACACAAAUUUUCAUAGCUUUGAAAACCCUGGAUAACAUUUAUAGCUUUAAAACAUUCAGACAGAUAUGGGCUUUUCUGAGCUGUCAAUCAAACACCCAGCUAGUAAAUGAUUGGUAGUUCAUAUGAAUGACAGCUCAGGAAAACCUUCAUGCAGCUAAUACAUUGAAGUUGAAAGCUGUAAUUAUCUGAAGGUUUGUGCAGUAACUAAUACUUCAGCACUUUCAAAUGAAUGGUCAUUAUUAUGUUACUUGAUCUAAAUUAUUGUCACUCGACAAUCAUGCUUAGAUGGGGAUAAGUAAUUGUAUAAGGCAAUAAAAACUUUUCUAAAAACAUUGUAAUUAUUUGCUAUUGUGUACUUAGUAUUAUCGCUUAUUAUAAUAGGUAUCACACAUUAGCACAACCCUAAAAAGGCUGUAGUUAGAUUACAGCUUGACUGCAAUGUUUUCCCAUUUCAAGUUAUUCGUAUUAUAAACCGGGAGAACAUCCAAGCUGAGAUGGUUAAUAGUCUUAAUACAUACAAAUGAUAUAUUAUAUGUAUGGUUGUUCCUAAUUAGUUACAUGAUCUAGUAUUUGAUAAAUUGAUCAGCAAUUCUGACUAAUAAGAAGAUUAAUUAGAAUGAUUCUAAUAUUCUUAAUGAUCCUAGUAAGUAUUAAUAAAACUAGUCUUGUUGGCUAUUUAAUAAAAA